UUGUAUACAUACAUAUGAACAGAAAAUAAAGAAAAUAUUUAUAUAAAUUGCAUAAAAAAUAUGGCACACAAAUUAAAAUCGAAUAAAAUUAAUACAGCCGCUAAAAAUAAACAAAAUAAUAAACGUAGUGGACAUAAUGAAGUUAAUAAGGAAACUAUAACGGCUUUAGAAUUUAAGCAAGAAUUAACAGACGAUAAUAGUAAUGGAAAAGAGACAGACUUUCUGGUAAAUGCUGAGAAUUCCCUGGAUGAAGAUGAAAUUUAUGGGGAUAGUAACGACAUGUUUAAUGGGCAUAACAAAGAUAGUGGAAAAACUACUACGGAAACAACUUAUUAUAACAACAGAGGUUAUACACGUAAAGUAUUUCCAAUAGAAAGUAAAUGUAACGUUUGUUCUAAGCAUUUUUCACAACAAAGGGAUUUGGUCAAGCAUGCCCAACAAUUUCAUCCUAAUGAUAAAGCCUUUAAAUGUCGUCACUGUCCAACAUUAUUCUCAAAAUUAAAAUCUCUAUCUACCCAUUUUAAAAGAUGUCAUGCCAACUUAGCCAAUACCAUUUCUUGUGAGUAUUGUUACAAGUCAUUUUUUGCCCAGUUUCAGUUGGAACGUCACCGACGAACACAUACUGAAUAUAAUAAUGAUUUGCAAACUAGUAAAGAUAAUAGUAACAGUAAUAUUGUGGGAGCAGAUGAUGAUAUCUAUGAAAAUCGUAAGGGAAAAAUUUAUCCCAUACAAAAGAAAUGUGCUAUUUGUAAUAAGACAUUUUCACUUCAAAAAAUGCUUGUGCAGCAUUGUCAACAAGCUCAUCCCAAUGAGAAAACAUUUAAAUGUCUAUAUUGUCCCACGGUAUUUUCAAAACUUAAGUCGGUGACAACGCAUUACAAAAGAAGUCAUUCCAAAACAACAAAGACCAUUUUUUGUGAGUAUUGUAACAUGUCAUUUUUCACCAAGUUCCUUUUGGAGCGUCACUUGCGCUCACAUACCGAGCAACGACCAUUUCAUUGUGAUCUGUGUGAUAAAUCAUACAAAUAUAAAAGGAAUUUGGAUGUACACCUAAGAACUCACUCGAAUAAUGUGAAUUCUUUAAAUAAUCCUUUAGAUGAGUAUUGUGAGAAUGACGAAGAAGAAGAAGAGAAUAUUUUAACAGAGGAAGAUGAUUAUGGUAAUGUUGAGGAAGAAUUAAUGGAUGAUGAAUCUCAUGAAAAAGAAACAGACUUUCUGGUAAAUGCUGAUUAUUCCGUGGAUGAAGAUGAAAUUUAUGACGAUAGUAAUGACUUGCUGAUUGAGCAUGAUAAAGAUAAUGGUAGUAGAACUAUUUCAACAAAAUAUUCUAAUAGCAGAGAAUAUUCACGUAAAGUUUAUCCUAUAGAAAAUAAAUGCUACGUUUGCCCCAAGGAUUUUUCACAACAAAAAGACCUAAUCCGACAUGCAGAACAAUUUCAUCCUAACGAUAAAGCCUUUAAAUGUCGUCAAUGUCCCACAUUAUUCUCUAAAUUAAAAUCUCUAUCCUCACACUUUAAAAGACGUCAUGCACAUUUGGCCAAAACCAUAUCUUGUGAAUUUUGUAACAAGACCUUUUUUGUCCAGUUUCACUUGGAACGUCAUCGAAGAACACAUAGUGAAUAUAACAAUGAGUUGAGUUCUAUGCAUACUGAUAACAACGAUGAUAACUGUGAAAAUGAAGAAGGAGAUAAUAUUUUAACAGGCGACGAUGAGUAUUAUGAGAAUGAUGAAGAUGAUAAAUAUGAGUAUUAUAAGAAUAAUGAACAUAGUAUGUUUGCAGAGGAUGAGUAUUACGAAAACGAUGAAGAAACUGAGGAAAAUGACAAUGAGCAGGAAGGCAACAAUUUUCAUAAUAAAAGACAAUACCAACAUAAAGAUAAUAAGAACAAUCAAAAAACUCAUCAGAAAAAUAAUGAACCACCCACGGAGAUUAUUACUAUCGAUGAUGAUGAUCACGCUGCCACAGUAAUGGAAUAUGAUAAUAGCAGCAACCUUCAUAAUAACACCUAUUUCAUUAUAGAUGAAUUUAAUACCGAUAAUGAGCAGGAUGAAGAAUUUACAGCAGCAGAUUACUGUAAUACAGAUAAUGGCGACGAAGACUAUGCUGCUGGAGACAUAGUUUCAGUUUCAGCCGAGACUGAUCAACACGAGUGUGCAGUUUGUAUGAAAUUAUUUAAAUGUCAGCAAGCAGUAGCCAGGCAUUUACAUCGUCAUCAUCCUGAAAUUGAAUUUUUUAAAUGUCCCUACUGUGAUGACAACUUUUAUGGCUUAGACUUGUUAGCUGAGCAUAUCAAAGUAAAGAAACAUAUACAAAAACCAAAUAUCUGCAAAUACUGUCUUAAGUCUUUUGAUCGCAAGACCGAUUUGAAUCGUCACAUACGUAUACACACUGAUGAACGUCCGUAUUCUUGCAAUGUAUGUGAUACAGCCUUUAAACAAGUGAAUCAUUUAAAACGUCACAGAGAAUCAAUGCACAGCAUUUUAUUUCAACCACAAAAAUUUAAUUGUGAACUUUGUACGAAAAGUUUUACUGAAGCCGAGAUACUAAAACGUCACAUGAGUAUACAUGAAAACAAGCUAAGUUCUUAUCCCUGUACCAUGUGCAGUAAAAUAUUCAAAACUCGUUACGAUUGGCAGAGGCAUGAACAAACACAUAGUUCAAGGAUGGAUUUAAUAUGUGAAUAUUGUUUGAAAUCUUUUGAUAGCAACGAAACACUCAAUCGGCACCUGAAGGUACAUAAGGGCGAAUUCAAGUUUUUAUGUACUAUUUGUAAAAAAACUUUCCGAAGAAAAAGUCAUUUAGUAAAUCAUCAUAAGAGCCAUAGAAAUUCUUAAAAAGUUUUAACUCGAAAACAGGACGAAAGUGUAAUAUGGAACUCGAUUGUUUGGUAGAGUUUGGAAAGAAUGUCAUUUUAACUAGCUAUAAGAAAUAUCUUAGAUGUUGAAGAAGAUAAAUAAAAAUUACGAAUUACAUAUUUAUUAUUAUAAA